AUGGCGUCCCCCAUCUCAUCGUCAUUCCCGCCCUCUGCUGUGCCGUAUCGCUCACACUUCCAACACAACCCCCCGCUGCAGUUCGCGUCGCUCGCGCAGAUGCUCCACCACGUCACGCAGAACUGGCGCGCCAACUUCGUAACCGUCGACCUGAACACGCGGGACGCGCUGCAGACAUUCGUCACGCGCCCGUUCUUCAUGGUCGUCAGCGUCGACGGGCCCCUCCUCACGCGUUUCCAGCGCGCAACACGGUGA